UUCCCAGUCGACGCUGAAGCGAUUCCCAGUUUGGGAUAUGAAACCACAAAAAAGGAGGAAAAAAACAAAAGAUAAAAAAGAAAAAUCGAUGCUAAACUCUAAUCCCAGAUUAGAAGGUCAGUAAAUGUACGCGGAAGAAGAAUUAAAGCGAAGUUCGAUCGAAACCCUACUCUUCUCUUCUGUGCCCUCUCUCUCUCUCUCUCUCUCUCCUUUGCUCCUCUUCAAAACCCUCGCGUUCUCUCUCUCUCUCUCGCUCUCUCUCUCUCUGGAUCUUACGCUUGCCGAUCUCAUGGAUCUGGGGCGCCGAUCUCCGCGUAGGUUUUUGUGACCGGAGCUCCUCCUUACCGCCCAUGGCGAGUGGAGAAUAGGGGCAAUGUGGUCGCUCAUGGAAGAGAAUGGAUGGUUAGGUCGGUUCAGUGGUGAAGCUGGAGCUCGGAUGCUUCUAAUGGGGAUGGCUGCUUUGUGAAUUGCUCGGAUUUUGGGGCAUCGGUGGAGAAGAUGAGCGUCGCCGUGUCGCUUCUGCUCCUUUUGCUCCACUUGAUGUCCGACUCCUCUGCAAUGGUAUCACGAAGUCCAGCACCACGUCAAUCGAGGUCACCUGAAAUAUCACCUCUUGGGCCAGUACUUGCCCCACCUUAUUAUCCGAAGUAUCGUGGUUCCAUGGCUAAACCUCCGUCGUCCAAACAUCAUAGAAGGAUUCCUCGUGCAAUUUCGCCAUCACCUUAUCCGGCAUCACAAGAUUGUGAUGAGAUUUCCUGUUCUGAGCCGCUCACUUCGACACCACUUGGCUCUCCUUGUGGUUGCGUAUAUCCAAUUAAGGUUGUUAUGGAUAUUGGGGUGGCUCCGUUUGUACUAUUCACACAUACAGCAGAACUGGAAGUUGAAGUUGCAGCUGGCACAUUUCUGAGACAAAGCCAGGUGAAAAUCAUGGCUGUCUAUCCGACUAACCAGGACCAACAAAAGACUAGAGUUACUAUAUACUUGGUACCUCUAGGAGAAAGGUUUGAUAAUACAACCGCUGUCCUGAUCUAUGAAAGGCUUUGGCAGAAGAAGAUGCCCAUAAACAUGUCCAUUUUCGGUGAUUAUCAAGUAGUCUACGUCCAGUAUCCAGGACUACCUGCCUCUCCGCCAUCUAACCCUAGGGCAUCCAUGGGGUUUGGUCCAAAUCAACAAUACCCCCUUACAGCUGAUGUCCCAACUACCAAGUCGGAGAAACUGAAAACGGGAAUUAUUGUUGUUAUUGCAGUAUCCUCUUUUGCUCUCGUCUUGGCAUGUUUUGGAGUAGUUCUUUUACUGUUAAAAUGGAGGAAACUUAGACGGCCAUCUACUGCCAUCAGCCCUGCAAUUACACCAUCACUUACCAAAAGAUCUGUAUAUCAUGCAGGAAUAAGGUCCACACUAUCAAAUAGCACUGCGAGCUCUAUGUCUGUAUCCUUUGUCUCCACAAUGGCUACGUGCCCGCCGUCAGUGAAGACAUUUUCACUGGCUGAGCUCGAAAAGGCAACCGAUGGAUUCAGCUCAAAAAGGGUUUUGGGUGAAGGUGGUUUUGGGCGUGUUUACAAGGGUAUGAUGGAAAAUGAAAGUGAGGUUGCUGUUAAGUUGCUUACAAGGGAGGAUCGGAGUGGGGACCGUGAAUUUAUUGCUGAAGUGGAGAUGCUUAGCCGUCUUCACCACCGUAAUCUGGUAAAGCUGAUUGGUAUAUGCAUUGAAGGGAACAGACGCUGCCUGGUUUACGAGCUUGUUCGCAAUGGAAGUGUUGAAUCCCAUCUACAUGGUGUUGAUAAGAAGAAAGGACUUCUGAACUGGGAUUCUAGAAUGAAAAUUGCUCUUGGUGCUGCUAGAGGUCUGGCCUAUCUUCAUGAGGAUUCGAAUCCUCGUGUUAUACACCGUGAUUUCAAGGCCAGUAAUAUACUAUUGGAGGAAGAUUUCACCCCCAAGGUUACUGAUUUUGGUCUCGCAAGGGAAGCUUCAGAAGGCAGUCACCAUAUCUCUACUAGGGUCAUGGGCACAUUUGGGUAUGUUGCACCAGAAUAUGCAAUGACCGGGCACCUUCUUGUGAAGAGCGAUGUGUACAGCUAUGGCGUUGUUCUACUCGAACUUUUAUCUGGUCGAAAACCUGUGUAUAUCUCAGAGUCUCAGGAGGGCCCAGAGAACCUCGUGACAUGGGCCCGUCCCCUACUGAACAGCCGCGAAGGGCUGGAGAAGUUAAUCGACCCCACCUUAAACAAAAACUACAACUUUGAAGACGUAGCCAAAGUUGCAUCUAUCGCGUCUGUGUGUGUUCACAUCGAUCCAUCGCAAAGGCCCUUCAUGGGGGAGGUUGUGCAAGCACUCAAACUUGUGUACAAAGACAUGGACGAAAAUAAUGACGAUCUAUAUAGCCGAAGAGAGUCAUCAUCCGGUACGGACUUUGUUAACGAGAACAGUUGGUGGAAUGCGGGUUCACCGAGCUUGGCUUAUGGGAAUAAUUCUCCUUUUAUCACCAUGGAGUAUAGUUCAGAUCCAAUGGAAGAGCUGAAUAAGCCCCAUUCGGCAUCAUCAUUGGCUGGGAAGGCGGAGCCAAUGGCCUUGCAAAAUAGAUCGGGUCCUUUACGAACCAAGAAGAAGAAAUUUGCUGCUUUUUAUAGAUUGAGAGGGAGCAUUAGUGAACAUGGGCAUCUAUUUCGCAAACGCAGUAAUAAUCGGUAGCAAAUAUUACAAAAUGUCUCUCUUUUGUGAUUCUUCUCACCAAAUGUACAGCUCCGAGCAUUGUGGCAUCUGAUGGGGACUGUUAUUAGAGUUAGCUUGUCGUCGGCUUCGCCAUUGCUUUCAGGUGGGUGCUUAGCACAUGGCUUCUAAUUUUGCUAGAAGUUAUGAUUCAUUUCUCAUGUAUCAUUGGUAUGUAGUUUGGGAUGUUUGUGCCCGGUGCCAUGGUACUCCCUAUUGUGCCAUGCUGAUAUAAUUAUAGCUUCUAUCUCUAACAGUGUAAGAUUCUGUUCAGAUGUCUUGUUGGGUUUGAUUUGUUGUAGGGCUGUCGAAAUUUUGAAGCCCGAUUCUGGUUUCUCUUAAAAUGAAACAGAUGUUCAACCAUGUAGUCCAUGUUGCUUUACUACUAGUAUGCUGAUUCUUACGCAUUCUAGGCUGAGUGUUAUUUUGAAUGUAACACUGUAAAUGGUGAAUUUCGUUAAAUAUGCCAGAAGUAACAGCAGGAUAUCAGUAUA